CGGUGGCGGCGGCAGGCUCUCUGCUGCCCUGACUUUUUAAGAAAUCUCAAUGAACUAUUUGUAAAGAAUCGCUGAUCCGGCCUGCAAGGGUUUUUUCUUUUUGCACGGCAAAGACAUCGAUCAGUGUCUGAAGAUCGCAUUUUACAUGCGAUCUUGACUUUUUCCCCUCCUUUUGGUCUCACAUAUUUUUAUAGGUUUUGUUAAAAUCAUGGUGCUGGGGAAGGUGAAGAGUUUGACGAUAAGCUUUGACUGUCUCAAUGACAGCAAUGUCCCCGUGUACUCCAGCGGGGAUACUGUCUCAGGAAGGGUGAAUUUAGAAGUUACUGGGGAAAUUCGAGUGAAAUCUCUGAAAAUCCACGCAAGAGGACACGCGAAAGUGCGAUGGACGGAAUCGAGAAACGCUGGUUCCAACACUGCUUAUACGCAGAAUUACACGGAAGAAGUUGAGUAUUUCAACCACAAAGACACUCUCAUCGGGCAUGAGAGAGAGGAUGACAACUCUGAGGAAGGCAUGCACACCAUCCACGCGGGCAGACACGAGUACGCGUUCAGCUUCGAGCUCCCACAGACACCACUUGCUACCUCAUUCGAAGGCCGGCAUGGCAGUGUGCGCUAUUGGGUGAAAGCCGAACUGCACAGGCCUUGGCUUCUACCAGUAAAAUUAAAGAAGGAAUUUACAGUCUUUGAGCAUAUAGAUAUCAACACUCCUUCAUUACUGUCGCCCCAAGCAGGCACAAAAGAAAAGACUCUGUGCUGCUGGUUCUGUACCUCAGGCCCAAUAUCCUUAAGUGCCAAAAUCGAAAGGAAGGGCUACACCCCAGGCGAGUCCAUCCAGAUCUUUGCGGAGAUUGAGAACUGCUCGUCACGCAUGGUGGUGCCCAAGGCGGCCAUCUACCAGACGCAGGCCUUCUAUGCCAAGGGCAAGAUGAAGGAGGUCAAGCAGCUGGUGGCCAACCUGCGCGGGGACUCGCUGUCAUCGGGGAAGACGGAGACGUGGGACGGCAAGCUGCUCAAGAUCCCACCCGUGUCCCCCUCCAUCCUGGACUGCAGCAUCAUCCGCGUGGAAUACGCGCUUAUGGUAUACGUGGAUAUUCCCGGGGCUAUGGACUUGUUUCUGAACCUGCCGCUGGUCAUCGGCACCAUCCCUCUGCACCCAUUCGGGAGCAGGACGUCCAGCGUGAGCAGUCAGUGCAGCAUGAACAUGAAUUGGCUCGGCCUGGCCCUCCCCGAGAGGCCCGAAGCGCCGCCCAGCUACGCAGAAGUGGUGACCGAGGAGCAGCGACGCAGCAACCUGGCGCCUGGCGGUGCCUGCGAGGACUUCGAGCGCGCCCUGCAGGGUCCACUGCUCGCCUACAUCCAGGAGUUCCGCUUCUUGCCGCCACCGCUGUACUCAGAGGUGGACCCGAACCCAGAGCAGGCGGAUGACAGGCCCUCCUGCCCAUCCCGCUGAGGGGUGCCGGCCAGCUGCUGCGGUUCCGAACUGUGGCCUUCGAUCAGGAUGAAGACAGGAGGCCUUGGAGACACGAUGGCGGAGUGACUGCCGGAGCCUAGUGGGCGCAAGGCGCGGUGACUGCUCUUGGCUUGGCUGCCGCGACACCCAGGACUGCUGCCGCCGGCGGGGUGGACAGCUGGCCAGGUCCUAUGUUCCAGCCGGACAGACGCCGCCUUCUUUGAGUUGAGUUUUGCACAUGCGACGCUUCCCUGUGCAGUUCGAUGUCACUACAGCUUUGUUCCCAUUACGCUGGACCCGGGUGUGUGGACACAACAUGGGGCCUCCGGACGCCACUGGCCUCUCCCCAGAGCCGUGGGUCGCCAUAGGCAGCCGUGUCCCCUCCACCGUGGUCCUGGCUGGUGAUGGGAGCGGUGAGAUGGGGUGGCCUGGCGCCCCCUUGGUCCUGUCACGAUGUGUUGCCUUCCUACUUACACAGCGAGCAGCGUGUCACCGCCUGCCCGAGUUACUUAUCUCAGGUGAACGCGUCACUUGCCAAACGUCGGGAUGCUCUGUGUUGAGUUCUGGGUUCUGUGUUUUCCCGUUGUUGACUUGGUUGGUGUUUUGGAGAGGGAAUUUGGAAACGGGCCGUGCACAACAGUGACAAGGGUGACAGCUGCUGUGGCCCGUGUGCCCUAGGAGGGCGGGGAAGGGGACCGUCACCCCACCAAGGGCAGUGUCUGCCAGACUGUGGUUGCCUAUUUUCUCUUUGAUGAAAAUGGUUUUGUCAUAACAGUUUGCUCAAGAUGGGAGGCUGCUGUCCUGCACUCAGAGAACCUCGAUGCGAUGCUGGGGUGCUGGUGGGGCGACACUGCUUCUGGUGGGCUCCAAUCAUGCACCACCUGGGUGCAAAGCCACAGGGCCAGGGCUGAGGUGGCUGCCCCACACCCCAGAGCAGGCUUUGCAGAAGCAGCCUGGUAGGAUGUGAGGGCACCCCACCCACAGGGCCUGGCAGGGCGGCUGAGCAGGCACUGAGAAGGAGGAGACCAACUGUCUCUAUAUCAUUAAGUCCUUCUGUGAACAGCCCCUCGGAAGAAGCUGGUGGGGUUUGGACACCAGGGGUCUUUGCUGUCCCCUCCCCUCUGCCUGGGGGGAGCUGCAAGACUGGGGUGUAAGCAGGGCAGGAUCCGGCAUUCCCGGCUCUGAGCCAAAGCCACAGGUGGAAAACUUUAUCAAAUAAAGUUUGGUUUUCCCAUAAAAGUAUUUCUUUACUCAUUCAGAGGCAUUACUUUUCUAAAUAUUGGUCAAAUCUGGAUACAAGAGUGAGGUUCACAGUUGUAUUCCAUAUUCACAGUUUCCUGGUUUUUCAGUUAGGAAAAGUCAAAUCCAAAAUGUUAGCAGAACAAAGUGCAAUAUUGAAUGUCUGCUUUAUAGAUUAUAUUCUAUGGCUGUUUGUAAUUCUCUUUCUGUUUGUUUUUUUUUAAUUUGGUGCUGAAUAUGUAUGUCCUUGUAGGCUGUUUUAAGAAAACAAUAUGUGGAAAAUGAUUUAAUUUUUCCUAUUGCUCUUCCUUGUGGAAAAUAAAGUGUUUUUUUUUUUCUUUUUUGUAUAA